AUGGAUUCCCUGGUAGACAAAAACCACACUGCAAUGACGGGGUUCAUUUUAUUGGGCUUAACACAUGAUCCAGUCCUUCGGGUCACCCUCUUCGUGAUCAUCCUGUGCAUCUACCUGGUGACUGUAUCUGGCAAUCUCAGCACAAUCAUCCUGAUCAGAACCUCCUCUCAGCUCCAUCAUCCCAUGUAUUUUUUUCUGAGCCACUUGGCUUUUGUUGACAUAGGUUACUCAUCUUCUGUCACACCCAAUAUGCUUGUAAACUUCUUGGUGGAGAAAAAUACAAUCUCCUACCCUGGAUGUGCUAUCCAACUUGGUUCAGUUGUCUUUUUUGGGUCAACUGAAUGCUUUGUUCUGGCUGCAAUGGCAUAUGAUCGCUUUGUGGCCAUCUGCAACCCACUACUUUAUUCGGCCAAAAUGUCCACGCAAGUCUGUGCACAGUUACUCCUGGUGGCUUACACAGCUGGUUUUCUUAACACUUGGUCUUUCACUGGUUGCUUUUAUUCUUUAUUCUUCUGUGGGCCAAAUCAGGUCAAUCAUUUUUUCUGUGAUUUUGCACCUUUAGUUGAGCUCUCCUGCUCUGAUACAAGUAUCCCUGCAGUUGUUCCCUCCUUUUCUGCUGGCUCCAUCAUUGUGGUCACAGUGAUUGUCAUAGCUGUCUCCUACAUCUACAUCCUCAUCACCAUCCUGAAGAUGCACUCCACUGAGGGGCGACACAAGGCCUUCUCCACCUGCACUUCCCACCUCACUGCUGUCACUCUGUUCUUUGGGACCAUUACAUUUAUUUAUGUGAUGCCCAAGUCUAGUUAUUCAACGGACCAGAACAAGGUGGUAUCUGUGUUUUACAUGGUGGUCAUCCCCAUGUUGAAUCCUCUCAUCUACAGUCUCAGGAAUAAUGAGAUGAAGGGGGCUCUGAAGAGACAGCUUGGUGGAAAAAUAUUUUUUUAG